AUGUGUGCUGCAACGUUGAAUAUCGCAGCAACUGGCGUCGCCUACGAUGGAAUUGGAUUUCAGGGAAGAACAGGAAUUCUUUUCUUGACAACCGAGAAAUUAGUCUUUCGAGAGCACGGGGGUUGCCGCUAUUCACGCUCGUGGUUGUGGCCUUCCAUCAAGAAAACUCAUGUGGUUCCGUUGGCAGAAAGUAGCGCUGACGAUAUUGAGGAGGUCAGCUCGAUGAUUCGCACGGUCAAGCUUUUCAACUGCAGCAACAAGGCAGUAUCCUUUCAAGUACCAGAUGAUCUUGUGCAGGAGCUGGUAGAAGACUUAGACACAAUGAUGCAGCAGCUUAGAGACAAGCACGGUGAAACAGUUAGUCGGGCGCUUCAACUGGCACUCGCGGCCAAAGCAGCGAACGAGGCGGCAUGGGCCUGCUGUGAACCCUGCUAUGAUUCAGACGAAGAAAGGGUAUAUCCAGAGCCAAUGGUAAUGCCGUCAAUGAAGGUGGAAACCACCAAACCAAAGAUAAAACGAGCCAAGUCACAUGGAGAUGCCUUUCUCACUACCAAAACCUCGAAGCGAUCAGGAAAGGGAGAAUCCCUUACACGCAGCUCUUCAGAUCUAAGGGGUAACUCGCAGAGGAAACUAAAGACUCCCUCAGACAGGCAACUAAGGGGGCCCGGAAAUUCGGUUCGAAGAAAUAGAAAUGGCACAAAACAGGGCAAGGUGACUUUGCUGAAUUCCACUAUGAUAAUCACUCAAGACUUGUUCAUCAGGCCGUCACAGCAGAUUGCCCAUGACUUUGUGGUCAGACCUACCAAUAACUUGAUUGUCAAGCCCACGCGACGAAACAUUAUUGAUCCUACGCAAGAGCACGUCCUCAGGCCCGCACACGAAAAGGUACUCAAGCCUGCACAUAACCAGAUGCAACAAAGGAUUAUCAAGCCUGCACAUAACAAGAUCCUGAAACCAGCGCAUAAUAAAAUCCUCAAGCCUGCGCAUAACCAGAUGCAACAAAGGAUUAUCAAGCCUGCACAUAACAGGAUCUUGAAACCAGCGCACGAAAAAAUCCUCAAGCCUGCACAUAACCAGAUGCAACAAAGGAUUAUCAAGCCUGCACAUAACAGGAUCCUCAAGCCAACCCAUGAGAGGAUCCUCAAACCGGCCGCGCGAGGUGUGGGGCUCUUGCCAGCGCUAUCGGUUGAUGAAGCCACUAACGAUGAUGGAGAAGCUAAGAAAACAGACACAGAAGUCCGAAAAUCUGCAAGUUCCGGCUUCCUCUCUUCAGUGAAGAAAUUCCCGAUGAAAGUGAAUCCUCUCCGCAGAAGUCACUGUGAUGAUCCCUCCGCUAGCGCCGAUAUCGCGAUGGCACACGAUGGUGUUCCGAAGGUGGCUGUGAGCGCAACAUCAGCAUAG